AUGGCAUCAAAUGAAUCAUCUGAUAAUAAAAAAUUAAGUGAUGGAACCAUCUUUGGAAUUGGAAAUCCAUUACUUGAUAUUAUUGCUGAAGUUCCAGUGUCCUUUCUUGAAUCAUAUAAUUUAAAAUCCAAUGAUGCUAUUUUAGCAGGUGAAGCACAUAAAGGAUUAAACGAAAGUUUACUUCGUGAUUAUCCACAUCAUCAAUUUGUUGCCGGUGGAGCAACACAAAAUUCAAUGCGAACUGCAACAUGGUUGCUUCAACAACCUCAUGUUUGUGUUUAUAUGGGUUGUGUUGGUCAAGAUAAAUAUCAUCAAUUAUUACAUGAUGCAGCUAGUAAAUCAGGUCUUUUACUAUCCUAUCAAAUAUGUGAGAAUUCUGAAGAACGAAUACAAACUGGUACCUGUGCUGUUCUUAUCAAUGGCAAUAAUCGAUCAUUAGUAGCAAAUUUAGGUGCUGCUAAUCAUUUUACAAUUGAUCAUUUAGAUGAUCCAAAUAAUAAACAAUUAAUGGAAAACGCAAAAAUUUUUUAUACAGCUGGAUUUUUUUAUACUGUAUGUCCAGCUGCUGUUAUGCGUAUAUGUGAACAUGCUGAUAAAAAUAAUAAAUUAUUUUGUACGAAUUUAUCCGCACCAUUUAUUAGUGAAUUUUUUGGUGAUAAAUUAAUGAAAGCUAUGCCAUAUGUUGAUUAUUUAUUUGGUAAUGAUUCUGAAGUAACAAGUUUUAAUAAACAUCAAUUAAAAUUAGAUACUGAAGAUAUAAAAGAAAUAGUUAAAGCAAUAAGUGAACUUCCGAAAAAAAAUUCUCAACGUAAACGUGUUGUUAUUAUUACACAAGGAUCUGAACCAACUAUACUUGCUAUUGCUGGAGACAAUAUUAAAGAAUUUCCAGUUAAAAAACCAAUGGAGAUUGUGGAUACAAAUGGCGCAGGUGAUACAUUUGUUGGAGGUUUCCUUGCUUAUUUGGCUCUUGAUAAAACUCUUGAAGAAGCAAUUCAAGCUGGUGCUUAUUGUGCAUAUGAAUGUAUUCAACAAUCAGGUUGCACAUUUCCAGAUAAACCUAAUUUUGAUCCAGCAAAAUUUGUUUAA